AUGCCCAUUUUCGGUGAGAAACCUCAUACGUCUAUAACGGUGAAAAUCAAUCAGCUCUCGAAGCCUGAUAGGAAUGCGGAUUUGGAAGAUGACUCAAUUGAGCUCUAUUUAUCCGAUUUGAUUCUGCUCAUAAAGCUCCAGCCUGGCCCUGGACCUUCAGAAGCAGCAAGAGCUAUCCGCAAAAACAUCAAGUAUGGCUCUUCUGUGAAGACUCAAUUGAAUGCUUUGCACUUGCUUGAACUUCUUGUACUCAAUUCUGGUCUGAAAAUUGGGUCCGUGUUGGCCUCUGACGAAAAGUUGCUUGAUGUUUUGAAAGGAAUUCUUACUGGCUCUGGCUCUACUGGUACUGGCUCGAAAUACGAUAAGUCUGUGCAAAGCAAGACAAGAAGUCUUGCAAUUGGCUGGAAGCUGGAGCUCGAUGGUUUGGACGGUUACAAGUAUAUGGCCAACUUGUGGAAAGUCGCUGGUGUCAGGAGACGUGCACUGGAUUCAAGGAGCGGUGGCCACCUGCGUGGUCAUAGAAGAACGACGAGUGCUUUUGGUGAUGAAAACGCCUUAGAAGAGCCUGAAGAUCUUAUAGAUAGAGAUGAUGAAGCUAGAGAUAGGGCCAGAUCUCCAAGAUCCCCUAGAAUCGCUCGCUCGCCUCCUAGACCUGCCAAGAAGUCUCCUCCACCUCGUCCUGUUCUGGCUUCUCCAUACACCAAUCCAAGAGCUCAAGAAAGUAAACCUCAGAAGAAGAAGGAUAAGUCCAAGAAAAAGAAGAAGAGAUCCAGACAUGGUAUCGUUUACGCAGAUGAACAGUUUAGAAUCCCGCAAAUCAAUUACAAAAUUGAAGCACCUAAGAUCAGAACGGUGCUUUCAGACUGCCAGACUCAUACUACUGCUUUGAACAAUGCCCUUAUUCAUCUUCCUGCUGGCACUGACCCCUUAGAUGAUGCGAAAUCGUCUAAGGAGUUUGAGAAAUGUAGAAAGGUGAGGAGAAAGGUUCUUCAAUAUUUGCAAUUUGUUGGCGCUGGUGAGGAGUCGUCAAAGACAAAGGAGACUCUUCAGAUGGAAGAAGAAUUUUUAGGUUCGUUGAUUAUGGCCAACGAACAGCUUGUCAAUACGUUCACACAAUUUGACAAAGCCUCGGGUUUCACACCUGAAAAUCCGGGUCCACAUCAUUAUGACGCUGCUAGCGAUAGUGACAGUGAUGAGAGCUACUAUGAUAGCGACACCGAUGAAGACGAGCUUGAAGAAGAAGGUGUGGAGGAUUCCAUAGAACAAAGGCUUGCUUCAGCUAAUAUCCUGGAGGGAUCGUCAUCGAGGCUUCAAGAAGCAGUGAGAAGAUCACCUCCAGUACCACAGAAGCCAGUUGCCAAAGAGAAGGAAAAGGACGCAGCUCCAGAACACCAAUCUCUCAAAAGAGUUGCAACAGAUGCUACAGGUCAAUCUGUCGGUAGUGAGGACCCGUUUGGAGAUAGCCAUGAGCUCUCCAUUGAUGACUUUCGCUUAUCCACAGUUCUUCAGAAGCAUGUGCCCGAGGAGAACGAAGCAGUGAAAAAGGCAUUGCUCAACGUGACAGAGCGCCAUCAGAACGACCUCAAACAAGAAAUCAGGCGUCUGUUGACUGUAGAGCAAAAAAUCCAAUACUUGAACAUAGAUGUAGCCAAAAGGGCACAUCUCCUACGAAGAAAGGUCGCGAGUCGAAGAAGACGACUAGACAAGGCGCUAGAAGGUCUACAAAGUGAUCGUGACGGGUCCUUGCACGCUGAUAUAAAUGACAUAAUGACGCUGGCCGUGCUGGUCAGUGCUCACGUUCAAGGUCUAGCACAUCGUGCACUAGAGUAUGAGAGAUCUAGAAAUGGUCCACUUUCGGGACCUGAUCCUCGUAAGUACCCGAGGUUGGCGUCAUUCUUUGGUACUGGAACUGAAUCGGUCGAUAUGGAUUCGACUGGAAGCGAGGUGGUUGAUGGCUAUAUGGAUGAGAGCGAGUCUCGUCUUCGAGACAAUGGCAGCCAGGAGUUUUCCUAUUCUGAUGACCAUCUCGACAGUGCAUCAAAUGGAUUCCAAACAUCUUACGGUGGAGCAAAUUAUUCAGCAAGCAGAACUUUCGAAGACCCGGAGUCUGGCCAUUUAAGUCCCGAUGACAACGAACUCUCUGCUUCCUCGUCUGAGGACGAAUCAGAGCACAGUCUACCGCACUCCCCUAACAACGGAACUACCGAACAAGCAAUUAAAGAAGCCUCGCCAGAGAUGACAGCUGAGAUGAUGGAACAAAUCAUGGAUUUGAAUAUCUCAAAGUAUAGACUGCAACGACAGCGCAAGUAUGAAGAGCUUGACCUUUUCGCUCCCAAACUCACCGACAAGCAGCAGCCACCUACAUCCAAAAAGAAGUCCAAUCCGUUGCGAUUGCUAUAUUCAUCGCUGGCAUUGGCCAACAGCGAUAUGUUAAAAGCAAGCACUGUGGAAGAAGAAUCACUCAAGUCUCCGUUUGUGAACUCCAAAUCCGUAGCCACCGUGCUGCCAACGCCACAAACAUCGCUUCAUAAGAAAUUACGAAUCAGGGUGCAGCCUUUACGUUACAACAAGCAAGACGAUUCUUGUCAAUGUCAUGAUGCUGAGGCGGAGGAGGAAUAUAAUGACGACCUUGACGCUUCUCCGGCCAAAGUAGCGCUUACGAAGACCUUGAACGACUUACUGAACUCUUCUAUUGGUGACUAUGAUAAUAAUAAGCUAGUGGAAGAGAUGUGGAGCUCUUCUGGAAUCCAAACAGAAACUGAGGAAGAGGUAUACAGUAGUUCGGAUGAUGAAGAUGAGCAGUAUCUCUCGGUGGAAAAUACUCUUGACGAGACGACAAACACCUACCAGUCGUUCCAGAAAGAUCUUGCUAAGUUGAGGAAGAAGAAAAACCAACGAGGCCAAUUUGAAAUUCCUUCGCGAGAGUUCUCUCCUUCUCCGAAACAUCAGCCGUCUCAUCGUACGCUUAAACCUAAAGGCUCGAUUCUUAAGAUUAGCAACGGAGCUAGAAGAAAGAUGAAGUCAACCUCAUUUCUGAGAAGUGACUCUGGAAACUGCAUCACCCUGGUCAACGGGCUGCCACUCAAAGCAAGCUCACCUCUCCCAGAGAGUGCUGCUCAUACACCCUACAGGGCUAGUCCACGUGCAUCGUUUGUCAAUGAAGUAUCAGCCCUUGGCAUGAUCCUUGGAAAUGAACCACCACGUAAUGAUGAAUCAGGGGAGGUGGAGAACAACGACGUGAGUAUCGAGGAUGACGGCUCGCUCGAUAAUAUUAGCUCCAAAUCUGACAGUAAGGGAGACGGCGAUUAUAAAAGUAUUGGGAAAUUACGAAGUUUAUUAGUAUAA